AUGCCGCCUCGUUUACGGCCAUGCGCGUUGCAUCUUUCCAACCAUCUGGUGGUGCAGGAGUUGCUGCUGCAUGCCGCAUUGAGUCGUCAACACUUUACGCCAAGUGAUGGGCAGGAGUAUCUGAAAUUGGCGAAGCACAUCGCACAGCUCCCAGAUGCGUGCGCGCCGUUUGGUGCUCAGCGUCCCUCACGCCGGGGUUUUGCACAAACGCCUUGGCGCAACGUGGCUGCGCGUCAUGUUGUGUAUGAGCGCAUGGACCAGCAACGAGGGGGAGAUCUCUGUUUCCGCGGCAGACGCAAAGUGCCUGUUUACUAUGACGAUGCGGUGGAGCACCAGCGCUCGCUGGAGCAUCUACUUGGACCGCAUGGAUUCCGUGUGGCGCUGAUAGGGAAGAUGCGGUGUGGGUGCCCCGUUAGCACCCGGGCAAUCUUUUUGCUGACAAUUACAGCUCGGAACAGUUGUCACGACGCCACCGCCAAUGACGACGAACAGAGCGAACGGAUUCUUUUUGAACGUGCCUUGAGGGGCCUUGCGAAUAGCGGCUACAUUCGGUGUGUCGCGAAGAAAAAUAUGUGGGUGUGCGGAGGCGUUUUGGCGCGGUGCGUGUGCCUUGCUCGCACCCCUCGAGAAUGCGGGCCCGAGCCUUCUUCUCGCAGGGGGGAGACGGAACAGGAGUUGAUGCUUUUGUGGUCUUCGCCGCAGAGUUUUCAGGUGAGACGCCUUUUUUUUACCGGCCCCAAAUCGUUUUUGACGCAUCUCAUGCUGUUGGCACAUGCGAGACAGUAUGAGCUGACGCAUGACGGGCUGUAUCAGCGAUCUUCAGGUAAACCCAUGAGGGUUGAAUUGCGCAGUGAAAAGGAUAUCUUCACGGUGCUGCAGCUGCCAUACGUCGACCCACUUUACCGCUACGCCUACUGCCGUCUUCACAAUUUGCUGUAG